CAAGGAGCAGGACGAUGUUUGACAACACGCAGUACCCCUAUAACUGCUUCAAUUAUGAUGGGGAUGAUUAUCCUACCUGUAGUUCUGACGAAGAGAAAAAAUUCACCAGACCAGCGUACAGCUACAUUGCCUUAAUUGCAAUGGCCAUCCAGCAAAGCCCUUCAAAUAAAGUCACCCUCUCUGGCAUUUAUGACUUUAUAAUGAAGAAAUUUCCUUACUACAGAUCAAAUCAAAGAGCCUGGCAGAACUCCAUCCGACAUAACUUAUCGCUUAACAGUUGUUUUGUGAAGGUUCCCAGAACAGAAGGGAAUGAGAAGGGGAAAGGAAACUAUUGGAGCUUUGCAGCAGGAUGCGAAUCCAUGCUGGAUCUCUUUGAAAAUGGGAAUUACAGGAGAAGACGGAGGAGGAGGAACGUGAAAAGGGAGCACAAGGAGCAGAGACCGAGCAGAGUGAAAAGCCCUUCAUCCCCCAGUAUCUCUUCUGUGGACUCUGCUUUGAACAAUGUUUCCUCUUCUGAAAGUAAACAUGAAAGAAUUGAACCGGGCCCAAAACUUCUGGAGCCUUGUGGGUUUGCUCCAAACAGCGUGACCAGCAGGCAGAGCCUGAGCAAUUCCUCCUUAGCAAAAUCAGAUUCUGAAAUCAAAUUCAGCAUCGAUUACAUCCUUUCAGCCCCCGACCCUUUGCCUGUCCUGAGAUCUCAGUAUAACAUGCAAGAAAAUAAAUAUCACCUCCUGGAGGCCCCACAUAUUAAUCUCCAGUUCUGGACAAUGUGAUGUUAUUAAUUUGUGGUAACAAAGUCUGAGUCUCAGUGUGUUCAGCAGCCUCGUGUCACUGAAAAUCAGCCGCCUGCCUCCUCAUUUUCCUCCCAAGCAGUGCUCAGAAAGGGUUACAGACUCACCAGCUGAUACCCUGUCUGUACCCAAGGAACUUUGCUAAGAUUAAAGCAUAAAUAGCUGUUACCAAUAUCUGUUUUCACCACGCUGAAAUUUAUGAAAUUCUAGCUUUAUUUUCUAAACUGUCUUGGACAUCAUUUAGCACCACAAAGAAUUCCCUUUCUCAAGCAGAAUCCGACAGUGAAGAGACU